GUGAGCUAGUCCUUCUCUCGGUUCCGCUUCCGCCCCCCUCCCAACAUUUUCUCCCCCCUUCGAAGCCACAAACCCUAGAAUCUCAUGGUACCAGGAAUCUUCUGAUCCCCAAAAGAGAGCGCGGAGAAGGAGUUGGUGCACAGGGUAGGUAUAAUUUAAAGUAUGGGUUGUCUCAAGGCAGUGAUUCAGGAAGACUAUGAAAGCAGUCAAAAUAGUGAAUAUCGCUCCAUAUGCUUACACUCAUUUUCAGAUCUGUCACAUGUUUCCGCGGCUACUUUUAUGUAUCUUUUGAAGGACAGCUACCUAUAUGGAACCCACAAAGCAACCCUGAAGUUCAGGAUCCUUCAGCAGCAGGUUAAAAGCGCAUUGCAUAAUGCUCCUCAGCCCGGCCCAUUCACAUACAUUGUUCAAUGCAUGUACAUUGUACCUUUGCUGGGCCAUAGUCAUGCUGAAGGGUUCAGCCAUAUGUUGAUAUCUUCUUUGAGGCAUUUGAAGUCGAUGGAAUCGGUACAGGAAGACUUCAUUGAUGCAAAGUGUCUUGCUGCACAACUUGUUCUAGACAUUCUUGCUUCUGUUGUACCCCAUGAGGAACGCAUAUUGGUGAAGCUUCUUGAGACAUUUGAUAUUGAGUUGAAAGAUAUGGCCCAUGCUUUGUAUGGUUCAAAGUUAGAUUUUGGAGAUGUAGAGAAAACAAGAGAACAUCUCAAACAGUAUGUGCAGUGCUUUAUGAAAUCAGAAUCUUAUGUGACUGCUGUGGCCCUGAUAACGCGAUUUUCCAUCCAAUGUUGUGACGAGUCAUUUCUCAUAACACUUAUGGGAAGUAAUCAAUUCAAGGAGGCAGAGGAGUGGGCUGCUUUCAUGGGAAAAGAAAUGAUAGUUGUGCUGAUUCAGAAGUAUCUAGAUAUUAAAAUGCUAAAAGGUGCAAAUGAGUUGGUGAAACAAUAUGACCUUACAGAAGAGUUCCCAGAUGUUAAUUAUUUGUAUAAAGAGAGUUCACUAAAGAAGCUGGCGGAGAAAGGGUGCUGGGAUGUUGCAGAAGUCCGUGCCAAGAAGGAAACAAAACUAAUGGAGUACCUGGUAUAUCUAGCUAUGGAAGCUGGUUAUAUGGAGAAGGUUGAUGAGCUUUGCCAACGAUACUCUCUUGAAGGUUAUGCCAAUUCUUUGGUCCCUGAGGAAGUCUUCUGUCGGUCUGACUACUUGGACCUGAAGACAUUGAUUUUAGAAGAAAUUGUCUGGGUUGAUGAGAUUGAAGGACUACUUAAUGCAACGAGUUAUAUUGAAGCUUGUAAAAUCAUUGGCGUGGAUUGUGAAUGGAAACCUAAUUUUGAGAAAGGCAGCAGACCUAAUAAGGUCUCUAUCAUCCAAAUUGCAUCAGAUAAGAAAGCAUUCAUCUUUGAUCUGAUUAAGCUGUACGAAGAUGAUCCUAAAGCAUUGGACUGCUGCUUCAGGCGAAUUAUGUGUUCAUCUAACCUACUAAAGCUGGGCUAUAACCUGCAAUGCGAUCUCCAUCAACUGUCACAGUCCUAUGGAGAAUUGCAAUGUUUUCAGUCCUAUGAGAUGCUGCUUGAUAUCCAGAAGCUGUUUAAAGAAACUACUGGUGGUCUCUCUGGGUUGUCAAAGGUAUUCAUGAUAGCACAAAUAUGUCCCGGUCAACUGAAAAUAUUAGGAGCUGGUUUGAACAAGACACGCCGGAAUAGCAACUGGGAGAAGCGGCCUCUCAGCCAGAAUCAGAAAGAGUAUGCUGCUCUUGAUGCCGUGGUCCUUGUUCAUAUUUUCCAUCAUGUCAGGGGGCAACCUCAGUUUGGUGUCACCGAGGGACGCCAAGUUGAAUGGAAGUCACAUAUCGUGUCUCGAGUGAACCGUUCGUGUAGUCCAUUACGGUUCUAGAACUAGGUUGUGCGGAGAGCAAAGUACCUCUGAGUUCUGACAUAUACAAGCACCUACUGGUCAGCUUCAUCUUCUAAGGAACCAACCUGUUGAUAGCCUCUUCCAUAGUUGUCUCUCAUCCUAGCUGAUUUCAGUGCACUGGCUGUUGCUGUGACCCAUUAGCAAUUCCUCUUGUAAAUAUGGUUCGACACUCUCCCCUGUCGCAUACUCGCAUCGAAGUUAGUGCAAUUGCUACCAGUUGAGGUGUAUCUUUUCUUUGGUGUUGAAUAGUGAAACUAUGGAUUAGUGAUGGGCGACAGUCUCUUGAGUUGCACAGCAUGCUUGGAGUUGGCUAAAGGCUGGAGAAUGAGAUUUCUUCAAGUACUUGUGCUGCUGCUUUCUUUGUUUUCCAUCCAUAUCUUACGAGGUUUCCUUC